CCCAUCAAAGGGGCAGCUUUGUUAUGGAGCUAAAGUAGGGGCAGCACUGCCCUCUACUCCCACACGGACAGCUGGAUCCUGGCAGCGGGCAUCUUCUAGUUGGACCCCUCUAAAUUUAGAAAUGAGACCAUCUCAGGGAACAACAACAACAAAUUGUCCUCAGGAGUCAGGAGUGCGGGCCAGAUAAAAAGACUUACACGGCCCUGAUCAGAAUUACUCUGAUCUGAAGAAUUUGGUGUUCAAAGCAUUAAGAUAAUAGUCUUGAGUUGUUCAUGGAGUUUUUCAUCAGUAUGUCUGAAACCAUCAAGUACAAUGAUGAUGAUCAUAAAACUCUGUUUCUGAAAACACUAAACGAGCAACGCCUGGAAGGGGAAUUCUGCGACAUCGCUAUCGUGGUGGAAGAUGUCAAGUUCAGAGCACACAGGUGUGUCCUGGCGGCCUGCAGCACCUACUUUAAAAAGCUUUUCAAGAAGCUGGAGGUGGACAGCUCUUCAGUCAUCGAGAUCGACUUUCUCCGCUCCGAUAUAUUCGAAGAGGUCCUGAAUUACAUGUACACAGCGAGGAUCUCCGUGAAAAAGGAAGACGUCAACUUAAUGAUGUCGUCGGGUCAGAUCCUUGGCAUCCGGUUCUUGGAUAAACUGUGUUCUCAGAAGCGGGACGUCUCUAGUCCCGAGGAGAAUAGCGGCCCUCCCAAAAGUAAGUACUGCCUCAAGAUAAACCGGCCCCUGGGCGAUGCCGCAGACACGCAGGACGACGACGUGGAGGAGAUCGGAGACCAGGAUGACAGCCCCUCCGACGACACGGCGGAGGGGACACCCCCGAGCCAGGAGGACGGCAAGUCCCCCACGACCACCCUCAGGGUCCAGGAAGCCAUCCUCAAGGAGCUGGGCAGCGAGGAGGUCCGCAAGGUGAACUGCUAUGGCCAGGAGGUCGAGUCCAUGGACACCUCGGAAUCCAAAGAGCUGGGGUCCCAGACCCCGCAGGCCUUGACGUUUAACGACGGCAUGAGCGAGGUGAAGGACGAACAGACACCGGGCUGGACGACGGCCGCGGGCGACAUGAAGUUCGAGUACCUGCUGUACGGUCACCACCGGGAGCAGAUCGCCUGCCAGGCGUGCGGGAAGACGUUCUCCGACGAGGGCAGGCUGCGCAAGCACGAGAAGCUGCACACGGCCGACCGGCCGUUCGUGUGCGAGAUGUGCACGAAGGGCUUCACCACACAGGCGCACCUGAAGGAGCACCUGAAGAUCCACACGGGCUACAAGCCCUACAGCUGCGAGGUGUGCGGCAAGUCCUUCAUCCGGGCCCCGGACCUGAAGAAGCACGAGCGGGUGCACAGCAACGAGAGGCCCUUCGCCUGCCACAUGUGCGACAAGGCCUUCAAGCACAAGUCCCACCUCAAGGACCACGAACGGAGACACAGAGGGGAGAAGCCCUUCGUGUGCGGCUCCUGCACCAAGGCAUUCGCCAAGGCGUCGGAUCUGAAAAGGCACGAGAACAACAUGCACAGCGAAAGGAAGCAGGUGACCCCCAGCGCCAUCCAGAGCGAGACGGAACAGCUGCAGGCGGCGGCCAUGGCGGCAGAGGCAGAACAGCUGGAGACCAUCGCCUGCAGCUAG